UCAUAACCAUAGUUGAGAAAUAGAACUGAGAAAGGUUAGAAUUAGAAAAAAUUAAUAUGAAUAUUACACGUGGUGUGCGAUAUCUAUCCAAAUAUCUAUAUCGCGGGAUCCAGCGUUCUUUACAUAAUGAUUAUAAAAUGACUUCGUCGGCAUUAGUAACAGCAAAUGAUUAUGGAGAUGAUAAAUACAUGGUCUGGCUUGAUAUGGAGAUGACAGGACUGGAUGUAGAGAAUAGUCACAUUUUAGAGAUUGCUUGUUUAAUAACUGAUGAAAAACUAACAUCAGCAGAUGAUUACUUGAGUAUAAUAAUACAUCAACCAAACGAGGUUUUAGAAAACAUGACAGACUGGUGCAAAGUACAACAUAAAAAAACAGGAUUAAUUGCUGCUUGUCAAUCAAGUAACAUUACGUUGAAGGAAGCUGAGGUAAUGACGUUAAAAUAUCUUAAAAAUAAUAUUCCCAGUAAAGUAUGUCCGUUAGCAGGAAAUUCGGUCCAUAUAGAUCGUAUGUUUCUAAGGAAAUAUAUGCCAUUAGUCGACGAUUAUUUACACUACAGAAUCAUCGACGUCAGCACAAUCAGGGAAUUAGCUAGGAGAUGGCAUCCGAGUGUGUAUAGAGCGGCUCCAAAAAAAAAUUAUAGUCACAGAGCGGUGCAUGAUGUAAAGGAUAGUAUAAAUGAACUCUAUUAUUAUAAGGAACAUUGUUUUUAUCGUAAUAACAAAGAUUCAUAAUAAAAUCUGAUAAAACACUUGAAA